AGAAGCGCGUGCGUGCGAACGUGCGUGCGGAGCGUUUGCGCAUCUUCAGUCUUGCACCACGGAUACAAAUGUGUUUGUAUUUUUUUUUCAGUACCAAACGUUAACUCCAAACUAAUCCAGUAACUUUCACGAAUGUAACCAUGGUUUGAUCCGGCCGUUAAUUACGCGGCACCCUACCUGCAUCUACUGAAUCGAGCAAACGCGUACAGGACAUCGGGACUCACUGGUGGAGCUUGACGACAGCGCUUACAAGUCUUUUAAUGGGCUUUUUAUUUUCUUUUUAAUCAUAAACGAUGGACGUCGGACCAGCACCGAGCCGUGACCAAACAUGAGAGCGCAAUCUCCGAACUCUACGAUGGGCAAGAGGACGCUUCGUGGAAACUCCAAAGCCAAAGUGUACAUGCUCAUUUGGCUGCUGCUCGUCUGCACGCCAAGAGUGGAUUCAUCCUGGUGGUACAUCGGCGCGCUGGGUGCUCGGGUGAUUUGCGACAACAUCCCGGGCCUGGUCAACAAGCAGCGGCAGCUGUGCCAGCGCCACCCGGACCUGAUGCAGUCCAUCGGCGAGGGCGCCAAGGAGUGGAUCAAGGAGUGUCAGCACCAGUUCCGCCACCAACGCUGGAACUGCAGCACGUUGGAGCGCGACCACACCGUGUUUGGCAGGGUGAUGCUGCGAAGCAGCAGAGAAGCAGCAUUUGUGUACGCCAUCUCGUCGGCCGGAGUGGUCUACGCCAUCACUCGGGCGUGCAGUCAGGGCGACGUCAAGAUCUGCAAUUGUGACGGGCACAAGCGCGGCCAAGCCAGCGAUCAACGGGGCAACUUCGACUGGGGCGGAUGCAGUGACAACAUCAACUAUGGCAUCAAAUUUGCCAAGGCCUUUGUUGACGCCCGAGAGAGGAUGGUGAAGGACGCCCGGGCGCUCAUGAAUCUGCACAACAAUCGUUGCGGAAGAAUGGCCGUCAAGCGCUUCAUGAAGCUGGAGUGUAAAUGUCACGGUGUCAGCGGCUCCUGCUCCUUGAGGACCUGCUGGCUGGCCAUGUCCGACUUCAGGCGGACGGGCGAUUACCUCCACAAGAAAUACAACACGGCCGUGGAGGUGACAAUGAACCAGGACGGCACCGGCUUUAUGGUGGCCGAGCAUGACUUCAAAGGCAGUGCCAAGAAUGAGCUGGUGUACGUGGAGAACUCGCCCGACUACUGCCUCAUGGACCGAGCAGCAGGCUCCCUGGGUACGGCGGGCCGCAUUUGCAACAAAUCGUCACGGGGCACCGACGGCUGCGAAGUGAUGUGCUGCGGCCGAGGCUAUGACACCAUGCGUGUCAAACGUCUCAGCCAGUGCGAAUGCAAGUUCCAGUGGUGCUGCAGGGUCCAGUGCAACGACUGCGAGGACACGGUGGAUGUUCACACCUGUAAGCCACACAAGCGACCCGACUGGCUGGAUCAGACCUAAGCCCGCCCCGCUUUAGCGUAUUGUGGGAUUUUUCACUAUAAACAUUUGGCCAAAGAUGACUGGCUGACUGAUGGUAAAACUGGAAAAUAUGUCCAGUUGUUGAUCAUGGACUUCUGGAAUGUUUCUGACCAUUUGUGGAAAUUGUUGAGUAUUGUAUAACACAUACCGCAGUACAGUGGACACCGAGAUAAGCAAGUAAUUUUUUUUAAUGAUAAACUAAACAUUUGUAAGAGCCCAAUAACAUUUGAAUGGUAGCAUACAGUACAUUGGUAAUGACCGUCUUUGCAUUGGCAUUUCUGUAGCUUAUGUUGAAUAGCUAGGAGCUGAUCAGAUGGUAAAUUUCCCCGUUGCCAAUAGCAAUUCCCGACUUUCUCAGCAUCAUCAUGAGACUUUUACCACUCUGCUUUCUCCGAUGUCAACCAAACAAGGAGCCUUGCUUGCCUGCAUGACCUCAACUGGAAUCUUUCGUCACACCGCCACACUGUCAAGCCACCUAGCUAUCGGUCACAAAAUGCGUUUGUCAGUGAAUAGAUGUUAAUUUGGUUUUACAGAAAAAAAUUGCAAAGCAUAACUUUCUACUGAUAAUUGCCCUGAAGUUUAGCAAGUCCAUCAUUUAUUAUUAUUAUUUUUUUAGAAAAAACACUGACAGGCUUUCCAUUUAAUAAGCAAAAGAGAGCUUCUGGAAAUGACUGAAAUUGUAACUCCAACAAGUGAGGACUUCUUGGCAAAAAUCCUCAGAGAGUGAAAAAAGCACUGUCUUGUGUUGACAUUGGACACUUGUUUUCACACAUUCACUUCUGCCGCCUCAUUGAAAACCUUGCUCAUUUCUA